GGUCUGAGGCUGUUCUACGAGUGGUCUGAGGCGGUCUACGAGUGGUCUGAGGCUGGUUCUACCAGUGGUCUGAGGCUGUUCUACCAGGGUCUGAGGCUGUUCUACGAGUGGUCUGAGGCUGUCUACCAGUGGUCUGAGGCUGUUCUACCAGUGUCUGAGGCUGUUCUACCAGUGGUCUGAGCUGUUCUACGAGUGGUCUGAGACUGUUCUUACCAGUGGUCUGAGGCUUUUCUACCAGUGGUCUGAGGCUGUUCUACGAAUGGUCUGAGGCUGUUCUACGAGUGGUGAGGCUGUCUACGAGUGGUCUGAGGCUGUUCACCAGUGGUCUGAGGCUGUUCUACGAGUGGUAUGAGGCUGUUCUACGAGUGGUCGGAGCUGUUCUUCUACCGUAGUGGUCUGAGGCUGUUCUACGAGUGGUCUGAGGCCGUUCUACUAGUGGUCUGAGGCUGUUCUACCAGUGGUCUGAGGCUGUUCUACCAGUGGUCUGAGCUUUCUACCAGUGGUCUGAGCCUGUUCUACCAGUGGUCUGAGGCUGUUCUACCAGUGGUCUGAGGCUGUUCUACUAGUGGUCUGAGGCUGUUCUACCAGUGGUCUGAGGCUGUUCUACCAGUGGUCUGAGGCUGUUCUACCAGUGGUCUGAGGCUGUUCUACCAGUGGUCUGAGGCUGUUCUACCAGUGGUAUGAGGCUGUUCUACCAGUGGUCUGAGCUUUGAUGUUUAAUGAUGCUCCAGCGAAGGUUCUAACCAUGAACUCAGCCUUAAGAUGCUUUUGAUAAACAGGGCCCUGUUUAGCUUGUAACAUUGCUUUACUGACAUUUUGCGCUGUUACAAGCUUGGUGUAUGAAGAUGGUGUAAAAUAACAAGGAAUAUCAAGAUGGUGUGAAAUAACAAGGUAUAUGAAGAUGGUGUGAAAUAAGAUGGUGAAACCUGUGAUGUCCCCCCAGGUGGAUAAAGUUUGAGGAGAAGGUGGAGAAGGGUGGAGAGCGUUGGAGUAAACCCCACGUGGCCACGCUGUCGCUCCACAGCCUGAUGGAGCUGCGGACCUGUAUCGAGAAGGGAACCAUCAUGCUGGAAAUGGAGGCCUCCACGCUGCCACAGGUUGUUGGUAAGAUAACUCCUGUACUACAUUAUGAUUGACCAUAUUAUCACUCACCAGACCUUUACUACAUUAUGACUGACCAUAUUAUCACUCACCAGACCUUUACUACAUUAUGACUGACCAUAUUAUCACUCACCAGACCUUUACUACAUUAUGACUGACCAUAUUAUCACUCACCAGACCUUUACUACAUUAUGACUGACCAUAUUAUCACUCACCAGACCUGUACUACAUUAUGACUGACCAUAUUAUCACUCACCAGACCUUUACUACAUUAUGACUGACCAUAUUAUCACUCACCAGACCUUUACUACAUUAUGACUGACCAUAUUAUCACUCACCAGACCUGUACUACAUUAUGACUGACCAUAUUAUCACUCACCAGACCUUUACUACAUUAUGACUGACCAUAUUAUCACUCACCAGACUUUUACUACAUUAUGACUGACCAUAUUAUCACUGACCAGACCUUUACUACAUUAUGACUUCUGCUCCAGCCCAGUUCUAGUCCAUAUACAGUUUAGUGACUUACUCCAGCCCAGUUCUAGUCUAUAUACAGUUUAGUGACUUACUCCAGCCCAGUUCUAGUCUGUAUACAGUUUAGUGACUUACUCCAGCCCAGUUCUAGUCUGUAUACAGUUUAGUGAUUUACUCCAGCCCAGUUAUAGUCCAUAUACAGUUUAGUGACUUACUCCAGCCCAGUUAUAGUCUGUAUACAGUUUAGUGAUUUACUCCAGCCCAGUUAUAGUCUGUAUACAGUUUAGUGAUUUACUCCAGCCCAGUUAUAGUCCAUAUACAGUUUAGUGACUUACUCCAGCCCAGUUCUAGUCUGUAUACAGUUUAGUGACUUACUCCAGCCCAGUUCUAGUCUGUAUACAGUUUAGUGACUUACUCUAGCCCAGUUCUAGUCUGUAUACAGUUUAGUGACUUACUCCAGCCCAGUUCUAGUCUGUAUACAGUUUAGUGAUUUACUCUAGCCCAGUUCUAGUCUGUAUACAGUUUAGUGACUUACUCCAGCCCAGUUAUAGUCUGUAUACAGUUUAGUGACUUACUCCAGCCCAGUUCUAGUCUAUAUACAGUUUAGUGACUUACUCCAGCCCAUUUCUAGUCUGUAUACAGUUUAGUGACUUACUCCAGCCCAGUUAUAGUCUAUAUAAACUAUACAAUAAUAAUAUAUGCCAUUUAGCAGAUGCUUUUAUCCAAAGCGACUUACAGUCAUGCGUGCAUAGGGCUAAAGGGACUAUAUACAGGGUCAGUUCCAGUACCAUGCGUGCAUACAGUGGGGACGUAUGUUGUUUACGUAUGGGUGGUCCCAGGAAUUGAACCCACUAUCCUGGCAUUGCAAGGCUCAUGCUCUACCAACUGUGCUACGAAGGCCCACAGAUAGGGACUUUACAGAACACUGAAAGGAGUUGUACUUGAAUGUGGUGAGCAAUGAUAUAUUAGGUUGAUAGUUGUGCAAUUGGUUUCAAUAGCCAUGUCUGUUCUAUAAAUGCUAUUUCUAUGGAUGCUUGAGGCUGCAGUCCAUUGACAUGGUUUCACUGGGCCUGUUCUUUGUGAUAUAUCUAGUUCAGUUUGGUGCUGUUCUUUCAGCUUGGCCACUAUAGCAGAGCAGGUUCACCGCUGAGUGCUUCCGUUCAGCACAGCAAAGAACUUCCCCCUCUUCCCGUAAUAACACUAACCCUGAGGCCACAAGCACAGGGUCAGUCUAGUUACAUUGGAACCAGGCUUAGUAACGUUGUCUUCAAGACUUCCUAGAGGGCCCGUCUUGCGUAAAUACCAAUACAUUUACUGUACAAGAGCAAGUGGCCAAAACACAUGCCUGAAUAUAAUAUACACGUAUAAUAUACACAUUAAAGAAUUUACUUUAAUGGUUGAGUUUGUUCUGAUACAGAGGCAGACUCUGAGAACACUGGGGAGUGUUGUGUUGAACUGUAGUCAGGGUCAGGACAGGAAAGAGUGAUAUUGAGAGAGAGGUAGAGGGUUGGAGGGAGGGGGAUGGAGGGAGGGGGAUGGAGGGAUGUAGGGAGGGGGGUGGAGGGAUGGAGGAAGAGGGGGGUGGGGGAUGGAGGGAGGGGGGUGGAGGGAUGGAGGGAGGGGGUGGGGGUGGGGGAUGGAGGGAGGUGGUUGGAGGGAUGGAGGGAUGUAGAGGGGGGUGGGGGAAUGCCAUUUAGAAUCUCCUCCUUAAUGAUGAUCCCUCCCUUUCCCUUCACCCCAUAUCUCUCUUCCCUCCCAUCUCAUCGGCCCGGUGUCUCUCUGGACGGAGGGGAGGAGGAGGAGAAGAGAGGAGAUAGAGAGGAAGAUAUAUCACUUUAGUUGAUUAAUGUGCAGUAAUGCUGUGUGCUUGGCUGUGUGAGGGGAGCCGGUCCCUGCUAGGAGGCCAGCUAUCUGAAGGAUUGGCCAUUAGAGGCAGUAGCAAUCAGAAAGAGCCUGGGGCCGCCAACCUUGUUCAGGAUUCUGACCCACUUUUUAAAAAAAUACCUUUGUUUGAGCUGUAGGGAGAUGCUGUGGAAAGACACUCAUGUAGCACCAGGGACUUAGAACUGGCCUUUCAUUUUGCUCCUAAGAUAGGACAAUACAUUUCUAAUCAAGCAAAUCAAAUAAAAAUCUAAUUGUAUUUGUCACAUGCGCCGAAUACAACCUUACAGUGAAAUGCUUACUUUCAAGCCCUUAACCAACAAUGCAGUUUUAAGAAAAUAGAGUUAAGAAAUAUAUUGAAUAUAAUAUCCUCAAUGUGUUGGACGGUAGUACACCAGCAGGUAUUGAAUAUAAUAUCCUCAAUGUGUUGGAUGGUGGUACACCAGCAGGUAUUGAAUAUAUUACCCUCAAUGUGUUGGACAGUGGUACACCAGCAGGUAUUGAAUAUAUUACCCUCAAUGUGUUGGAUGGUGGUACACCAGCAGGUAUUGAAUAUAUUACCCUCAAUGUGUUGGACGGUGGUACACCAGCAGGUAUUGAAUAUAUUACCCUCAAUGUGUUGGACGGUGGUACACCAGCAGGUAUUGAAUAUAUUACCCUCAAUGUGUUGGAUGGUGGUACACCAGCAGGUAUUGAAUAUAUUACCCUCAAUGUGUUGGAUGGUAGUACACCAGCAGGUAUUGAAUAUAAUAUCCUCAAUGUGUUGGAUGGUGGUACACCAGCAGGUAUUGAAUAUAUUACCCUCAAUGUAUUGGACGGUGGUACACCAGCAGGUAUUGAAUAUAUUACCCUCAAUGUGUUGGACGGUAGUACACCAGCAGGUAUUGAAUAUAUUACCCUCAAUGUGUUGGACGGUGGUACACCAGCAGGUAUUGAAUAUAAUAUCCUCAAUGUGUUGGACGGUAGUACACCAGCAGGUAUUGAAUAUAUUACCCUCAAUGUGUUGGACGGUAGUACACCAGCAGGUAUUGAAUAUAUUACCCUCAAUGUGUUGGACGGUACUACACCAGCAGGUAUUGAAUAUAUUACCCUCAAUGUGUUGGACGGUAGUACACCAGCAGGUAUUGAAUAUAUUACCCUCAAUGUGUUGGACGGUAGUACACCAGCAGGUAUUGAAUAUAUUACCCUCAAUGUGUUGGACGGUGGUACACCAGCAGGUAUUGAAUAUAUUACCCUCAAUGUGUUGGACGGUGGUACACCAGCAGGUAUUGAAUAUAUUACCCUCAAUGUGUUGGACGGUAGUACACCAGCAGGUAUUGAAUAUACUCAAUGUGUUGGACGGUGGUACACCAGCAGGUAUUGAAUAUAUUACCCUCAAUGUGUUGGACGGUGGUACACCAGCAGGUAUUGAAUAUAAUAUCCUCAAUGUGUUGGACGGUGGUACACCAGCAGGUAUUGAAUAUAUUACCCUCAAUGUGUUGGACGGUAGUACACCAGCAGGUAUUGAAUAUAUUACCCUCAAUGUGUUGGACGGUAGUACACCAGCAGGUAUUGAAUAUAUUACCCUCAAUGUGUUGGACGGUAGUACACCAGCAGGUAUUGAAUAUAUUACCCUCAAUGUGUUGGACGGUAGUACACCAGCAGGUAUUGAAUAUAUUACCCUCAAUGUGUUGGACGGUGGUACACCAGCAGGUAUUGAAUAUAUUACCCUCAAUGUGUUGGACGGUGGUACACCAGCAGGUAUUGAAUAUAUUACCCUCAAUGUGUUGGACGGUAGUACACCAGCAGGUAUUGAAUAUAUUACCCUCAAUGUGUUGGACGGUGGUACACCAGCAGGUAUUGAAUAUAUUACCCUCAAUGUGUUGGACGGUGGUACACCAGCAGGUAUUGAAUAUAAUAUCCUCAAUGUGUUGGACGGUGGUACACCAGCAGGUAUUGAAUAUAUUACCCUCAAUGUGUUGGACGGUAGUACACCAGCAGGUAUUGAAUAUAUUACCCUCAAUGUGUUGGACGGUUGUACACCAGCAGGUAUUGAAUAUAUUACCCUCAAUGUGUUGGAUGGUGGUACACCAGCAGGUAUUGAAUAUAUUACCCUCAAUGUGUUGGACGGUAGUACACCAGCAGGUAUUGAAUAUAUUACCCUCAAUGUGUUGGACGGUGGUACACCAGCAGGUAUUGAAUAUAAUAUCCUCAAUGUGUUGGACGGUGGUACACCAGCAGGUAUUGAAUAUAUUACCCUCAAUGUGUUGGACGGUAGUACACCAGCAGGUAUUGAAUAUAUUACCCUCAAUGUGUUGGACGGUUGUACACCAGCAGGUAUUGAAUAUAUUACCCUCAAUGUGUUGGAUGGUGGUACACCAGCAGGUAUUGAAUAUAAUACCCUCAAUGUGUUGGACGGUGGUACACCAGCAGGUAUUGAAUAUAAUAUCCUCAAUGUGUUGGAUGGUGGUACACCAGCAGGUAUUGAAUAUAAUACCCUCAAUGUGUUGGACGGUGGUACACCAGCAGGUAUUGAAUAUAUUACCCUCAAUGUGUUGGAUGGUGGUACACCAGCAGGUAUUGAAUAUAUUACCCUCAAUGUGUUGGACGGUGGUACACCAGCAGGUAUUGAAUAUAUUACCCUCAAUGUGUUGGAUGGUUGUACACCAGCAGGUAUUGAAUAUAUUACCCUCAAUGUGUUGGAUGGUGGUACACCAGCAGGUAUUGAAUAUAAUAUCCUCAAUGUGUUGGAUGGUGGUACACCAGCAGGUAUUGAAUAUAAUAUCCUCAAUGUGUUGGAUGGUUGUACACCAGCAGGUAUUGAAUAUAAUACCCUCAAUGUGUUGGAUGGUGGUACACCAGCAGGUAUUGAAUAUAAUAUCCUCAAUGUGUUGGACGGUGGUACACCAGCAGGUAUUGAAUAUAAUACCCUCAAUGUGUUGGACGGUAGUACACCAGCAGGUAUUGAAUAUAAUACCCUCAAUGUGUUGGACGGUAGUACACCAGCAGGUAUUGAAUAUAUUACCCUCAAUGUGUUGGAUGGUGGUACACCAGCAGGUAUUGAAUAUAAUACCCUCAAUGUGUUGGAUGGUGGUACACCAGCAGGUAUUGAAUAUAAUAUCCUCAAUGUGUUGGACGGUGGUACACCAGCAGGUAUUGAAUAUAAUACCCUCAAUGUGUUGGACGGUAGUACACCAGCAGGUAUUGAAUAUAAUACCCUCAAUGUGUUGGACGGUAGUACACCAGCAGGUAUUGAAUAUAUUACCCUCAAUGUGUUGGAUGGUGGUACACCAGCAGGUAUUGAAUAUAUUACCCUCAAUGUGUUGGAUGGUGGUACACCAGCAGGUAUUGAAUAUAAUACCCUCAAUGUGUUGGACGGUGGUACACCAGCAGGUAUUGAAUAUAAUAUCCUCAAUGUGUUGGACGGUAGUACACCAGCAGGUAUUGAAUAUAAUACCCUCAAUGUGUUGGACGGUAGUACACCAGCAGGUAUUGAAUAUAUUACCCUCAAUGUGUUGGAUGGUGGUACACCAGCAGGUAUUGAAUAUAAUACCCUCAAUGUGUUGGAUGGUGGUACACCAGCAGGUAUUGAAUAUAAUAUCCUCAAUGUGUUGGACGGUGGUACACCAGCAGGUAUUGAAUAUAAUACCCUCAAUGUGUUGGACGGUAGUACACCAGCAGGUAUUGAAUAUAAUACCCUCAAUGUGUUGGACGGUAGUACACCAGCAGGUAUUGAAUAUAUUACCCUCAAUGUGUUGGAUGGUGGUACACCAGCAGGUAUUGAAUAUAUUACCCUCAAUGUGUUGGAUGGUGGUACACCAGCAGGUAUUGAAUAUAAUACCCUCAAUGUGUUGGACGGUGGUACACCAGCAGGUAUUGAAUAUAAUAUCCUCAAUGUGUUGGACGGUGGUACACCAGCAGGUAUUGAAUAUAAUAUCCUCAAUGUGUUGGAUGGUGGUACACCAGCAGGUAUUGAAUAUAAUAUCCUCAAUGUGUUGGACGGUGGUACACCAGCAGGUAUUGAAUAUAAUAUCCUCAAUGUGUUGGAUGGUGGUACACCAGCAGGUAUUGAAUAUAUUACCCUCAAUGUGUUUGAUGGUGGUACACCAGCAGGUAUUGAAUAUAUUACCCUCAAUGUGUUGGAUGGUGGUACACCAGCAGGUAUUGAAUAUAUUACCCUCAAUGUGUUGGAUGGUUGUCAGUCCUUUAUGACUGUUGUUAUGUUUGUUUCCAGUCUGUUGGACAAACAGUCAAAGUACAUGUCUCUCUCUUUCUGAUAGUGAGCAGUCUAGGACAACAUAUCUACCUUGGCAUAGUUUUAAAGCUGCUUUACAGUUCGUCUAACUACAUCAUAUUUCAAUCAAACUCAUUUUGACAGUGGCCUGUGUCGCAGUGACGUCAUGAACAUUGUCCUUGAUGUUACGAAGUGUAAAUACAAAACCUGACCUCAUCAGCCAGGUUUUCCUAAUCAGCCAGGUUUCCCUAAUCAGCCAGGUUUUCCUAAUCAUCCAGGUUUCCCUCAUCAGCCAGGUUUCCCUCAUCAGCCAGGUUUUCCUAAUCAGCCAGGUUUCCCUCAUCAGCCAGGUUUUUCUAAUCAGCCAGGUUUUCCUAAUCAGCCAGGUUUCCCUAAUCAGUCAGGUUUCCCUAAUCAGCCAGGUUUUCCUAAUAGCAUAAUUGUUCUCUUUUAACACCAAUAAAUCCAUCUGUUGAAAAACUAUAUUUAGGAUAUGUCAAUGUAGCAAGCCAGAAAACUUAAAGUAACUUUCUAAACAGUGUUAUGGUUCGUUGCUAGCUUGUCAGCUAUAGUGAUAUCUUCCUCUGCUCCUCCCUCUCUCUAACAGAGUUGAUCACAUACAGCCAGAUAGAGAGUGGUCUGCUGAAGGCGGAGCUAAAGGACAAGGUGAUUUACACGUUGCUCCGGAAACAUCGCCACCAGACGAAGAAGUCCAACCUGCGCUCGCUAGCUGACAUCGGCAAGACGGUCUCCAGUGCAAGUAGGCUGUUUACCAACCUGGAUCACGCUAAUACAGGCUCUUUACCAACCUGGAUCACGCUAAUACAGGCUCUUUACCAACCUGGAUCACGCUAAUACAGGCUCUUUACCAACCUGGAUCACGCUAAUACAGGCUCUUUACCAACCUGGAUCACGCUAAUACAGGCUCUUUACCAACCUGGAUCACGCUAAUACAGGCUCUUUACCAACCUGGAUCACGCUAAUACAGGCUCUUUACCAACCUGGAUCACGCUAAUACAGGCUGUUUACCAACCUGGAUCACGGGUCUAACAUAACAGAUCCAAUGUAACUAUAGUGGAUUAACAUAACAGAUCCAAUGUAACUAUAGUGGAUUAACAUAACAGAUCCAAUGUAACUAUAGUGGAUUAACAUAACAGAUCCAAUGUAACUAUAGUGGAUUAACAUAACAGAUCCAAUGUAACUAUAGUGGAUUAACAUAACAGAUCCAAUGUAACUAUAGUGGAUUAACAUAACAGAUCCAAUGUAACUAUAGUGGAUUAACAUAACAGAUCCAAUGUAACUAUAGUGGAUUAACAUAACAGAUCCAAUGUAACUAUAGUGGAUUAACAUAACAGAUCCAAUGUAACUAUAGUGGAUUAACAUAACAGAUCCAAUGUAACUAUAGUGGAUUAACAUAACAUAUCCAAUGUAACUAUAGUGGAUUAACAUAACAGAUCCAAUGUAACUAUAGUGGAUUAACAUAACAGAUCCAAUGUAACUAUAGUGCAUUAACAUAACAGAUCCAAUGUAACUAAGUAUGUCCAAGCCUAAGCUCUGUUCUUUCCAUAUAACCAUCUUUCCCUCUGCUUCACCAGUUAACCUUUCAGUUCCCGUUCUAACUUCUUCUCUUCUAACCCUCCCCCUUAUUCAUCAGAUUCUGUCUGUUUAACAAACCCUCUAUUAUUCCACUGCUUCUGUCUGUCUAACUAACACUUGCUCUUGCUUAAUCCACUCUUUUUCUCCUUCCUUCCUUCCUUCCUUCCUUCCUUCCUUCCUUCCUUCCUUCCUUCCUUCCUUCCUUCCUUCCUUCCUUCCUUCCUUCCUUCCUUCCUUCCUUCCUUCCUUCCUUCCUUCCUUCCUUCCUUCCUUCCUUCCUUCCUUCCUUCCUUCCUUCCUUCCUUCCUUCCUUCCUUCCUUACUUUCUUCCUUCCUUCCUUCCUUCCUUCCGUUCCUCCUUCUCCCUUUGCUUCUGUCUUCCUUGGGUUGGGUUCUGCGCGCUUUGCCACUAAAGCCCGUAGUCCGCUUGAAAACUCAGUGCCUUGUCUAACAGUCCGUACCUCAAUGGAGGAGCUGCAGACCCAGCGGAGCACCAGCAUGGACUGGCUUAGUAAGUCAUGCUACUGUAUUGUGGACCUCCAUGGACUGGCUUAGUAAGUCAUGCUACUGUAUUGUGGACCUCCAGCACCACUGACUGGCCAAGUAUGUUCUCAUUCUAAUUCUGUAGCUACUGUUGGCUCAUUGAGCCAAACAACCAGCUGGCCCCUUCCCCCACUGUAUCCUAUCACACAUAGACUAGUGAUUUUCUUUCAUGAGGAAUCUGCCGCAACAGAGUGUCCUCCAUGAUAGAUCUUAGAUGACUGGAAUUCAAUUCUGACAGUUGUCAUCCAAACUUAGUGAAUUCACUCUACCCAGUCCACACUUCAGUCUACUAAAUCCACACAGAUUAACACCAAGUCUGACUGUGGUUCACACCUUACCUUUUGAGAAGUUAUUUUCCCCCAGUGACAACAUAGAAAAGGUCAUUUUCCGCUGGCUGCAUCAAACUGACUGUCAUUACCCCAUUAUCUAUCAAGAGGAAUGAGGUAACAAACUGUUGAAUCACUACAGGGACAUCAGAUUUACAUUCACAGAUGUAUUGCCUUCAACAGUAAUUUGAAGGGUAGGCUGGUACACUGUGUGUCCUGAGGUUCAGUCCAGUGUUUAACAGCAGAGUAGGUUGUUAACCUUCAAGGCUGUUGUUCUCUCAUAGGCAGUCCAGCCACCACACAUCGGAACCUGGCCUCAAGCAGCAUGAACGACAUCUCCGACAAACCAGACAAAGACCAGGUGAGUUUCUAUUGGUUGACCUCUCUGUUCAAUGUCUCAAAACAGUGUCAGUAA